AUGCCACGAAGGGCUCAGACGUUCGACGACUACGGCUCUGCCGUUGGGGAGGUCAGUGAUCCGUCGUACUCAGGGUCGGCAUGGUUGCCGGUUAACAACUCCUCACAGAUCAUCUUGACUUCUUCCGACACGGACUUUCUUGACCAACUCAUCCCCCUUCUGAAAGAUGCCAGCACCAGUAAUCGGACCAGCUCUCUGGCCCAGAGCCUCUCCCACUAUGCCGAGGACCGCGAGGCCGAGAUCGAAAACAUCGGCUUGACGAAGCACGAGGAAUUUCUGAGUUCUGUCACCCAGCUCCAAAAGGUCCGCGAGGGCACUAUCAACCUGACCGCCGAGAUCCUCGAGUUGAACCAAUCCAUACAGUCGAGCACUCAGGAGCUGGCCGAGCAGAAGCAGAAGUUGGUUGACAAGAGGGCUAUUCGGCAGAACGUCUCGGAUGCUUCUGAUGCGCUGAAUGGAUCUCUCAAGAUACUGCAUGCGGUCAACCAUGCGCACGAGUUGAUCCGCAAGAAAAGAUACUAUGCCGCUCUGAAGUCGCUGGAGGACCUGCAGAACGAGCAUCUGAUCCCGAUAAUACAGAACAAGUAUGCCACCCAGCAACAACUGGCAGAUAUGAUCCAAAAGUCCAUUCCGGCUUCUCAAAAGUCGAUAGGCGACGCCGUCAUGAACGAUUUAAAUACGUGGCUUUUCCGCAUCCGUGAGACCUCACAGUUCCUGGGUGAAGUAGCAUUUUAUCAUACAGAGAUGAGGCGGUCAAGACACAAGGAUCGAUCGGACAACAAUGAUACCCUCAGCAACUUCAAGCUGAACUCCGCGAUUGAACUAGUAUAUGACGAAGCCGAAGAGUUCGACGUCCUCGACAACGAGGAGCUUCAAGUGGACUUCCAGCCCUUAUAUGAAUGUCUGCACAUCCACCAGGCUCUUGGCAGAAGCGACAAACUCCGGGCCGACUACGCCGCAACAAGGCGUCAGCAAAAAGAUCUCUUGAUACCGACCUCCAUCCACGUUGAUGGCGACGAAGAACCAUCACUCAACAGUCUACUGGAAGGCAUCGCUGGUUUCGCAGUAAUUGAAAAGGCAACGAUGCGACGUGUACCUCAGUUGCGGUCUGCUGUAGAUGUGGAGGAGCUUUGGGAUUCCAUGUGCACUUCCGCAAUUACUCUCACAUCCCGUUCAUUGGGCAACAUUACCAAUGCGGAGGUACUGCUCAAGAUCAAGUCGGUCUAUGCGCUAUUCAUUCAGUCCAUGGAAGGCUGGGGUUACAGUGUCACCAUGCUGGAUAAUUUCCUGCUCACUUUGUUCGACACAUAUGCCGACCUGCUGAAACGCCGAUUCAGUGAAGACUUCCAAGAAAUAGUCUCAACGGAUGACUAUAUGCCAAUGGCGAUCAACAGCGCCGAGGAGUACGAAAAAGUUGUCAACGUCAGCUGGUUCACACAGGACACCCCAACCGAGGAACUCACAUUCCCGUGUGUUUUGCCAUUUUCGCAAAUGUACCCGUUGUGCUGCAUCGACAUCAGGAAUUUCCUUAACCAGUUUUAUUUCUUUGCUGAUGAUCAUUUCCAACACCCUAAUGUCAUCGAUGACACUCUGAGAAAGUCUCUGGAUGAGCUUUUGACCCAGAAAGUCUGUCAGUCGUUGGUCGAGCGCCUCAACUCCCAAUAUUUGGGCCAGAUAGUUCAGAUUCUCAUCAACUUGGAGCAUUUUGAGAUCGCGUGUCAGGAACUGGAGCAACUUUUGAUCAGGGCUCGAUCCUCCACGUCAGCUGGUGGGCCUGUGACCUUGAGCGCUACCGAGCAGUUCAGGAACAACAAGAAGACGGCUGAGAAGCGCAUUUUUGAGCUGGUAAACUCGAAAAUUGACGACUUGGUGGACACAGCGGAAUACGACUGGAUGUCGACGACCGCCUCUACCGAGCCAAGCAACUACAUACAGACGCUGACUAGAUACCUGUCGAACAUCAUGAAUUCGACACUGCUCGGCCUUCCUCGAGAAAUCAAGGAACUCAUCUACUAUGACGCCCUCAACCAUGCCGCCGAAAGAAUACUGGCCUUGCCUCUCCAGCCCGAAGUCAAGACUAUCAACCCCAACGGUGUGGCCGCCAUGGCAAUGGACGUGCAAUGCCUGGUCGAGUUCGUCCAAGGACUCGAGAACUCGUUUAUGCUCAUGCAAAUCCUCCAGGAGCUUGAGCAGACGGUCAAGCUGAUGCAGGCGGAGAACGCCGACGACUUCUACGACAUCUCGGUACGCAACAGGAACUACGGCUCCGUCAACGCUAUGACCGGCCCCGUCCUGCUCGAGAAGCUCACGCACACGGUCGAGGCGCCGAAUCGUGCGGCGGCUACAAUGGCCAAUUUCUCGUCGCGGUUUGGCUUCAAGAGCUGA